AUGAUGGAAGGAAAUACGAUGCCAGAUUGCUAUUCUACAUUUCGUAUGGGGAAGGGAUAUCAGAAUAACGAUAGGGUAAGAGCUGCGGGAGCAUAUUUUUGGAGGGUGGAGAUGGAAAUGAGGAUGGAAAAAGAAACGAGCAGUGCUCAACUGUAUAAAAGCGGAAUGAAAAGUGGUGGAGCGAAUAAAGUUGGAUGGACAGGAGGAGCUUUGGUUGGAAGGGCCGAUGGACAAAAACCAACUGGAUUUGGCGGUGAGAAGAGCCUCGAGGCUGAUGAAAAAUUGCGAUGUAAGGGGAACCGUUCUUUAUCGGGAUAUGGACAACACGGAUGA